AUGAUGAUCAGCGAUCGUAGCGAAACGGGUUUCGUCGGGUCUGGUACGAGCUCAGAAAGUUUUACUUUCUUCGGUAUUCGUAAAGCCAGAGACAAUGAUACAUUUCGAGCGAAACGUCGCGCUCUGUUGGACGAGUUGAAGAAAGAUGUGAAGCGGUUGAUGGAAGAAGCCGCCACAAAGAACUCAUUACCGGAGAACAGUAGUCUAGUUUUGUCCUUUUGUGUGAAUGCUGAAUCUUGUCUCCGAUUCGGAUUGAAAAAUAGUUCACCGCAUUUCUAUCGAGAACUGUCCGUGAUCGAGUUAUUGCAAAAGAUUGCUCCCAAAUGUCCUGAGGCCUCGGUAUUGCUGAACUACUUGUCAAACCAUGCGGACCGAACGAAAUCCGGAUCCAUUGACAAAUCGAUCCCACCCAACAACCGAUCAUUCCUAUCCAUUCUCAGCCCGAACAAGCCAGCCCAAUCCUCAGGGGUCAAACCCUUGUGCUAUAACAACUCAACGAAUCCACAUUGGAUACAUUUGGCGCUAAUGGAAAAAUUAUUGCAACCUAUGGUCUGUGCUCUGUUCAACGAGGCGAAAAAUCUGUACCAGUACGGUUCGAUUAUGACCACGAAUAGUGAUGCGCGGAUAUUUCUCUCCUUACUCAGUGGUCCGUGCUCAUUAAAUUACACCAUCCCCACACUGGACGACCCGUACUGGUCCACAUUGCACGCGGAUGAAUUGCUGGAACGACACCGGUUUAUCUCCCUGUCAACACAGGCGUUCUAUGAGAAUCAAACAUGUAGUGCCGCGUGGAAGCGAGAGUUCAAACUGCGAGCGGCCAACACGUUUGGAGCUCCACUCCCGGCUAAACGGUCAACAACACCGCGUGUGCGUUCCAUGGAACGAUCCCCAGCCCAUUUGAACGGACAGCGAUUCAUUUUCGGUUUGCAACAACAUUCAUCCACUUCAUCCACCUCAUCGGCCAAUAGCGGUGGAAUGGACGGACUCUAUCAACCGCGAAGGCAUCAGCUUCUGUUUGCAAAAAAUAAUGUCAUGCUCGGCAGCACCGAUACAAAUCGCGGUUAUUUGGCGGUCUAUUGUAAUCUGUCUGGGGUGAACUUGCGUUGGACCUCAAACGAACUGUUGCUGCACGCUUCUAGUCUGCUGCAUCGGAACAUGCAGUUAGAUGAUCCGAACAACUCCAACGAUGGGCUUGAAGCCGGCGACCAAAAUUCACCGCAGGGUGAGACUGGAAAUCCGAACCAAGCCACGGUGACCAAAGAUAGUCAGGCCAGCUCAGAGUUCAAGGAUUUGAAACAAUCUAAUACCUCCGAUGGAGAGUCACAAUCAAACUCGAACAGGCUUCAUAAAGAUGAAGAAACGUUCACGAAAUUCCACAGCUCACCGCCAUGUUGUAUUCUAAAUGAGCUCCCCUUCCGCCCAUAUCCAUCUCCCCGUGGUCUAUUCAACCAUUGCACAGACAACCUCGGUGUCCUGAUUGUGUUCGUGGCCAGUGAUGGAAUUCAGUACCCGCCAAUCCGAUUACCGGGCGGCUGGAAAUCGAGUCUGGAUUUUUUGAGUUCCAUCGAAAUGGGACUGAUGCCCUUGGUGCAAAUGGAGCCGAACACUGAUUCGGUUCGAGAUCUCAUGAUGUCCACAAGCAAAGGUUCCACCGGCAACAGUGGUUCCAUUUUCAGUCGAAGAUUUCCGUUUCGUUCGUCAGGAGAUGCGUCACCGGGACCAUCCAAUCCAUUCAAACGCUUCAUUGACUUUUGCUCGUUAAAACCGAACGCAGCACAGCCCUUGACUUCGAGCGAUUCUAUCACGACAAGCACAACAACAACAACGCCAGACUUAGAAACACAAAGCGAGACGGAGACGAACGGCUCGACAGCCGAGAUCAGCGAGGUGAAUACGGACAGUCAGAAGAGCCCGGACUUAGGCCACACUCCAACGAACGAGGAGAAGCACUGUUUGGGUCAGAGCGAAGAAAGCUGUCUCGAAUCCGAGGCACCUGACAAACCGUCCACGGAAUACAAUCUGUCCUCUGAAAUUGUAUUCAAAUUGGUUCGAGGCGAGAUUUCACCGGAUUCAUUCUCAGCCAAACCGACCGAUACAGAAUCUCCCGGCCCCAUGGGAUCGCACCCUGGCUCGAUCAGUGGGGAUACCGAUGAACCAAUGGACUCAUUGUCUGACGCGCUGGAUGCCAUCAAAUGCAAACUAAUGGCCAACGCCUUCUAUGCAUGGUUGACUCAUGCACGUUAUAUGAAAGUGAUCAAAACGCAUCUGGCCGAUUCCGUACGCCCCGGGAUCAAUUGGUCUCGAACACCGACCACUCCCCUGACCAUAUUGGAUGCGAGCAAAUGGAAUCAGUUGUUUUGGAAUGUGCCGGAAGAAUGUCGUAAGGAUUUUGAUGCAACACCAAUCUACGAGCACAUUUACCAGGCCGGGUGUGAAGAGGAUAUUCGAAUUCAGGUUUGGCCUUAUCUACUUCAAGUAUUCGAUUGGUCCAUGACCGAGGGACAGAAAAAGCAACAUUCGGAUCAGUUAAAGCAACACUAUCAGACCACUCUGAGCGAGUGGAUGCAACUGGAAGAGCAACACAUUCGCGAUGAGUUUGCCCGGGUUUUGGAAUCGGUUCAGAAAGAUGUGAUCCGUUGUGAUCGCCAUCACCAUUUCUUCCACAAAAUCGCCCCGAUUCUGGCCCUACUGUUGACCACAAACCAAGAUCCACUUGAUGUCGAGAUUCAAGCGUACGCAUUCUUUGCCAGUCUGAUGAAGGUUCGUCUCGGCAAACUGUACUCGAGCGCGAUGAGCAGUGCACAAAUGGAUCGGAAUUUCGCUAGCCUUCGCGCAUUGGUUCAGGUAAAAAUGAAUUUGGGUAAAGAAAGAUUUUUGGGGUAG